CACAACAAGUCGAUUAGAAUUAAGCUGAAAAAGAAACCAAUCGAAAGAAUGUCUUUUGAAAAAGUUCUUUACAAAUAUGAAGAACCCCAUGGCCCGGGAGAUGUAUAUUUUAUAUGGCAGAAAACGCACGGAUCAUUUUUAGCCACCACUGGGAAUGACGGAUCAGUAGCGAUAUUUAACCGACAGGGUCAAAUGUUGGAACGAAUAAUGUUGUCAGGGCUAUGCUCGGGAUUUGCCUGGGACAAUGGUGGUGAAUUAUUGGGUAUAAUCACAGCUACAUCGCCAACCAUUAUUCUUUGGAAUGCAAAUACAUUGCAAAAGGUUUCAAUUGAAUCUGGUCUAAGGGACCCAUUGUCGUGCGUAGUUUGGUCGAAGCAGGAUCAAAUAUUGGCAGUGGGAACGGCUCGCGGCAACUUGUCCAUAUACAAUCACAAAAACGGGAAAAGAAUUCCCGUCCUGGGAAAGCAUUCGAAGCGAAUUACCUGUGGUGCGUGGUCUGCACAGAAUCUCCUAGCUCUAGGCUCUGAUGAUAAGACGUUCUCGUUGAGUAAUGAGGAAGGAGAUUCUGUUAGGGUCGUCCAAUUGCGUGACGUGCCGAGUGAUAUGUAUUUCGCAGAAAUGGCUAAUGAUGACCGCAUUAGCGGCGACAAUGCCAUUAGCAUGAUAAUUGGCAAAAGGACACUUUAUCUUUACUAUUUACCCGAACCUGACUCACCCACCGAGUUGGGAUUUCAAAGUCGUUAUGGUUCAUUGCUACAGCACAAAUGGUUCGGUGAUGGAUACAUUUUAUUGGGGUUCUCAAAUGGCCACGUUGUUGCGAUAUCAACACAUCCCAAAGACAUUGGGCAGGAAUUGUGGCAGGUGAAGAAUCACAAAGAAUUAUUAACGGGACUCGCUUACAGCCCAGCCUUAGAGAUUGUUGCAUCCUGUGGAGACGAUAAUAUAAAAAUACACUCGAUCACGAACUUGCACGAAACUGAAAAGAUUAUAACGGUACCUGACCACUCCGGCGUGCAAAUGAUUGACUGGUCGGCAGAUGGACAGCUUUUGGCCAUAACUACAGUGACAGGUUCGGUAUAUAUUUACGUGACAAAAUUGCCCUGCAAAUAUGCGGUCUCAGCCCCGCGAUUUGCAAUUCUGAGCAGUCUGGCAGAGGUCUCAAUUUAUGUUUAUUCACCCGAAAAGUCAAAAUCAAUUCCCUAUCGACAAGCAUUGGAAACAGAACCUCAGUUUUUAGCACUAGGCCCAUAUCACUUGGCCGUGGGCGUAGACAAACAUGUGUGGUUUUACGAUCUAGGCAAAACACUUGGAGACAAACCGGAACCCUUGAGUGAACGGGAUUUCUCCCAACCUAUUCAAGACAUUCGACUCAAUUCGAACUAUUGUGCUGUUUAUUGUCGGCCUCAGCUGGUCCUCCAGGCCAUAGUGACCGACAACCCCAACGUGAAAGAUAAAAUAAUGCAAACGUUUCCAGCAAAUGUUCCCACACUCAAUGAUGCGGUAAUAACAUGUUAUAGUUUGACACAAGAGUAUUUGAUAUUUGCCACAGAUAUUGGUCACCUCCUUUAUUUUUCUUUGGAGAAAUGGGAGGUGUGUACAACAUUUCGACACAACAUGGGAAUUACUAAAAUGUUCACAGACUCCGAGGGUACCAAGUUAAUAUUCAUAGACGAUCACGCUCAGGGCUAUGUUUUCCUGCCGGCCCUUGAAGAAUCAAUCGUUAUAGCCGAUUUUCCAAAGAAAUGCGAAUUGUGUUUAUGGGAUUUGGCAAACCCGAAUCACUUUAUUACGUACAACGAGCGGAAUGUCGAUACUCAUGUCUUUGUUCGCUAUUCUGUGAACGGCAAACACACACUCAAAGCUGGUGAAACGAAACUAAAUCCCUCGCAAAUACCCUUGAUGCUGUGUGAUGGCGAAAUGAUAUUGUACAUCGACGGUGGACAAUAUGCAACACAAACCUUAUCAACCCAUUUAGUAAUUCCGGGAUCUAGUCAAGCAAGCGUCCUUAAGAAUCAGUUGAGCCUACGGAAGUACAACGAAGCCUUCAACACUUGUGAGAAAAUCAAUUUGAAAGGAAGCUGGAUGGAGAUGGUCCAGCAAGCACUGACGGACCUGGAACCAAACAUAGCCUUAAGAGCCUGCCGUCGUGCUGGAGAAAUUGGAAUGGUAACGGUGUUGGAGGAUAUUCGCUACCUGGAGGACGUCAAUUUACUUUGUGGCUUUUGUUGCAUGUUGCUGCAAAAAUACGAGGAGGCCAAAGGAUUUUUGCUUAAGGGGUCAUAUACCAAAGAUGCAUUAGACAUAUGCAGGGACAUGUUGCAGUGGGAACAAGCUUUAUUGUUAGCUUAUAAAUACGAGCCUGAUCAAGUGGCGUUUAUCGCCAGGGAAUAUGCACAGCAAUUAGAAUUUAAUGGAAAUUAUACGGAUGCUUUGUACAACUAUGAAAAAGCAUUCAAGGAAGAUUUGUUUGAUACUGGAGACAACCAACAGCUAGUUAACGCCUCGCCCGAGUACGAGGAUCAUGUUCGCUUGUGCAAAAUGGGCAUUGCUCGGACAUCGAUAAGAGCGGGCGAUUUUCGUCGAGGAAUUCAGUAUGCAGUGGAAUUAAACGACAAGCAGCUUUUGUUCGACUGUGCCGAACUGUUGGCCACAGUGGGUCACAUCACUGAAGCAGCCGCAUUAUAUGAACGAGGCGGAUACUAUGAUGAGGCAUGUUCUCAUUACAUAUCCCUAAAAAUGUGGAACAAAAUCGCCAACAUUCUGCCAAAUGUGAAGUCGACGAAAUUGCAUGCUCUAUAUGCCAAAGCCAAAGAAUCGGAUGGACAGUUUGAAGACGCCAUCCGAAGUUAUAGAAUAGCAGGAGAUUUAGAGGCAUGUGUGCGCAUAUACCUGGACCAUCUUUGCGACCCACAUUCGGCCUCAGAAAUUGUAAUGGAAUCCAGAUCUAUGGAAAGUGCCAAAUUAUUGGCAAAAUUUUAUCAAAAAAUUGGGGAUAUAGAUCAGGCUUUACAAUUCUUAGUACUCUGUGGAUGCGUGGAAGAGGCCUUUUCCCUUGCCCAAAGACACAAUAAACUCAAGAGGCAUGGUGAGCUCUUGGAGAGGUAUGAAAAUGCCAAGUCAGGUGAUUAUUUGGCGCUGGCUCAGUACUUUGAAGGGGAAAAGUACACACUGCUAGCUGGAAAGUACUACUUUCUGGCUCGCGAGUUUUCGAAAGCUCUUCGAUUCCUCCUCAAAGCCUCUGCCUUUUCCAAUGAGGAGUCUCAGGCGCUUUCUAUGGCAAUUGAUUGCGUUGCAACCUCAAACAACGAACAAUUGUCUGCUCAAUUGAUAGAAUUCUUACUGGGCGAAGUCGAUGGAUCUCCGAAAGAUCCAAGAUAUUUGUUCAGAUUAUACAUGGCCAGGCGACACUACAAAGAUGCUGCAAAAACUGCUAUUAUUAUUGCCAAUCAGGAGCAGCUCUCGGGCAAUUACAAAUUGGCACGAGAUCUGCUGUACUCCAUGUAUCAGGAGUUAAGGCGCAACAAUCUGUCUGUGACGGCCGAGAUGAGGCAUAAUCUGAUAUUGCUACAUCGCUAUGCUUUGGUGCGUAUUCAUGUAAAAUUGGGAAAUCAUCUUUUGGCGGCUAAACUUUUGGUUCAGGUUGCAGCCAAUAUAUCACAGUUUCCGGAACAUGUUAUUCCCAUUAUUACGUCAACUGUAAUAGAAUGCCAUCGUUCUGGUCUGAAAAAGUCCGCAUUCAUGUACGCAUCUAUGUUAAUGAGACCCGAGUAUAGAAAAAACCUUGAUCCUCGAUAUGCAAAGAAAAUUGAAUCGAUAGUCCGUAAAGCUCCAAAGGGAAUUAAGAAUUUCCGCGACGAAAUAGACGAUGAAACUAUGGAGUGUCCAGUCUGUGAUGCCAACUUGCCUAACAUGGAAGUGAAUUGCUUUAGUUGUAAAACAAUUCUUCCAAUUUGUAUAGCAACGGGCCAACACAUAACUAAGCAUCACAUGACGUCAUGUCCGUCCUGCGAUUUCCCCUGCUUUAGAGCGGAAAUGGAAAAUAUUUUGUCUGAGCUCAAUGAAUGCCCCAUGUGCGGUGAAAAUGUGGCCCCUGAAAAGCUCCUGGAUGUGGAAGACAUUCGCCCCUAUAUAUUGCCCUCAACAUAA